CGCCUCUCCCCCCACCCCCUUACCUUUAAAAAGUUAAAAAAUGUCUGCAGUCGAAAUCUCUUAAAGGGGCGGUGCUGGUGAACGAGUACUUUUGGCACGAGUCGCUGAGAAGGCUGGCUAGGGGCGUGAGUUCGCUCCACCAGCACCAAAACACUGAAAAAAAAAAACAACAAAAAAAACCCGAGAGAGGUGGGGGGGGAAGGAAGAGAAAAAAGGGGGGGGGGAGGCAGACAGACACACACUUUAGAUAAGGACAAUUAGUCACCAGCUAGACCCUGAAGGAAGAGAGGUUUUAAAUCAGAGGGAUUUAAUGAGGGCGCUCUGUGCCCUCCCUGAAGCCAUGCCCUGCAGCGACUCCCGCCCCCCCGCGUGCCUAGCCCCGGUGGCCGUCUUCUGGGCUCUGUUGCUCCAUCUCUCCCUUUCCUCCCGAGCUGGAGACAGGAGACCCUUGCCUGUAGACAGAGCUCCAGGUUUGAAGGAAAAGACUCUGAUUCUACUUGAUGUGAGCACCAAGAACCCAGUCAGGACAGUCAAUGAGAACUUCCUCUCUCUGCAGCUGGAUCCGUCCAUCAUUCAUGAUGGCUGGCUCGAUUUCUUAAGCUCCAAGCGUCUGGUGACCCUGGCCCGGGGACUUUCGCCCGCCUUUCUGCGCUUCGGGGGCAAAAGGACCGACUUCUUGCAGUUCCAGAACCUGAGGAACCCGGCGAAAAGCCGCGGGGGCCCCGGCCCGGAUUACUAUCUCAAAAACUAUGAGGAUGACAUUGUUCGCAGUGAUGUUGCCUUGGAUAAACAGAAAGGCUGCAAGAUUGCCCAGCACCCUGAUGUUAUGCUAGAGCUCCAACGGGAGAAGGCAGCUCAGAUGCACCUGGUUCUUCUAAAGGAGCAAUUCUCCAAUACUUACAGUAAUCUCGUAUUAACAGCCAGGUCUCUAGACAAACUUUACAACUUUGCUGAUUGCUCUGGACUCCAUCUGAUAUUUGCUCUAAAUGCACUGCGUCGUAAUCCCAAUAACUCCUGGAACAGUUCGAGUGCCCUGAGUCUGUUGAAGUACAGUGCCAGCAAAAAGUACAACAUUUCUUGGGAACUGGGUAAUGAGCCAAAUAACUAUCGGACCAUGCAUGGCCGGGCAGUAAACGGCAGCCAGUUGGGAAAGGAUUACAUCCAGCUGAAGAGUCUAUUGCAGCCCAUCCGGAUUUACUCCAGAGCCAGCUUGUAUGGGCCUAAUAUUGGGCGGCCCAGGAAAAACGUCAUCGCUCUCCUUGAUGGAUUCAUGAAAGUGGCAGGAAGCACAGUGGAUGCAGUUACCUGGCAACAUUGCUACAUUGAUGGCCGGGUGGUCAAGGUGAUGGACUUCCUGAAAACUCGCCUGUUAGACACACUCUCUGACCAGAUUAGGAAAAUUCAAAAAGUGGUUAAUACAUACACCCCAGGAAAGAAGAUUUGGCUUGAAGGUGUGGUGACCACCUCAGCUGGAGGCACAAACAAUCUAUCAGAUUCCUAUGCUGCAGGAUUCCUAUGGCUGAACACCUUAGGAAUGCUGGCCAAUCAGGGCAUUGAUGUCGUGAUACGGCACUCAUUUUUUGACCAUGGGUACAAUCACCUCGUGGACCAGAAUUUCAACCCAUUACCAGACUACUGGCUCUCUCUCCUUUACAAGCGCCUGAUCGGCCCCAAAGUCUUGGCUGUGCAUGUGGCUGGACUGCAACGGAAACCAAGGCCAGGCCGAGUGAUCCGGGACAAACUAAGGAUUUACGCUCACUGCACAAACCGCCACAACCACAACUAUGUUCGAGGAUCCAUUACACUUUUUAUCAUCAACCUGCACAGAUCAAGAAAGAAAAUCAAACUGGCAGGGACACUCAGGGACAAGCUUGUACACCAGUAUCUGCUACAGCCUCAUGGACAGGAGGGCCUUCAGUCCAAGUCAGUGCAGCUGAACGGCCAGCCCUUAGUGAUGGUGGACGAUGGGACCCUCCCAGAACUGAAGCCCCGCCCCCUGCGGGCCGGCAGGACACUGGUCAUCCCUCCAGUCACCAUGGGCUUUUAUGUGGUCAAGAAUGUCAACGCUUUGGCCUGCCGCUACCGAUAAGCCUCCCUCACAUUUACAAGUGACCAGCAGGCCUGCUGGGCUGCUUUCCACUCUUCCACCCAAAUAGUAUCCUUAUUUUUCAAACAUUUUCUUAGCAACAGACCAGUCUCUGCUGCUCCAUCCUGCUGGAAUCAACACAGACAUGCUCUCCAGAGAAAUGUCAUAGUGUGAGCUUUGCCUAGGUAGGUCACAUCCACUCCGAGGGAAAAUGUAUAUGUCACCUGCACCUGUAUAAGGAUGAAGGUAUGUGUGUAGAGCUGUAUGUACCCAUGUAUGCACACCAUGAGAGCGAGCUGACAGCUGACCCCUGGGACAAGGGAAACAGCUCCUCAUGGGCCUGGUCGCACAGCAGGAGAGCUGUAGACCUCAGCCUGUGGCUGCUGCCCUCAGCAGACGAUGAGGAAGGAAAAAGCCAGGUGGGCCUGGGAGAGCCUAGUCCUCUUCCAACUCCUUUCCUUUGUCUGUCCCCCGCUGUUGCCCCGGCUUUCUCUCAGCUCUCCUCCCACAGGGGAGCAAGUGGGCGAGUCAGUGCAGCCUGUUGGGUGAGCUGCUCCUGUCGUCUCCUGGCUAAUGUAUGAGGGUGUGCAUCUGGGCUGCGGACAGCAUCAUUAGUCACUGGCUAUUCCUCCAGGAAGCGGGUGCUUCAAAAGUAAAAUUGCGAUCACACUCCGGAUUUUGUAUGAAGGUUCUAUUCCUCUGUGAAUCCAGGUUCCCCCAGGGCUGGAAUGGGAGUCAGGUACCAGUAUUCACUGAAUGGAGAGCAGUGUAUCAGGCACCACAAAAAGCAGCUGUCAUCCGUCAUGUGGCUGCAAAGGAGAGCAUUUCAGUACAAAGAGAAGCACGCCAGCCACCAAGCACCAGCACCCAGCAACUGAACAAAGCAAAUAAGCAGACCUGCCUCAGACUUGAGAGGAUAUGAAGGGCUCAUCAGGGGAAGCCCUUAAUGGUUUGGUUGAUCAAAACCAUAAAAUAAAAGGUGUAAAUCCAAGGUCAUCACUGUAAGAUACAACUGAAUCUAGCAUCUUUGCCUCUUCCUGAGUACCUAUGUGCUUCUCAGCAGCAUUUACUAGGCAGAAAGCUAACCUGGUCAUUAUUGACCAGGUCCAUGUAUCCCAGACCAGCCUUUGUGAGCAUAGAACAAAGCUUUCAGUUCGCCAUUUGAGAAGGCAGGGACCCUGGAGGCUGAGGUCUGGUGGGGAGCUGUGGAAUGGUAGACAGGAGGUUCCUGAAUCGGGCAGAGGGACGCGGAGUGACUCAAAGCUCAUGACCAGGGUCUUCUAUGUGGUUCAAGGAGCAUGCGGUCUUUGCAAACAAGCUAUGACUGAAAUGACUCUUUUCUGAGGAUGUGAUUUUCUCUCUCAGGAUAAAUGACUUGAACAAAUACCUUUUUUAAAAAGAAAAGGUAUUUGACCAUGUCAUAGGGUUCUGAUUAGAACAGUGGGACAGUUUCUGCCAUUGCACAAGGAUAGGAAUGCAGAGGAGGGGCAGUGUUGCUGAGGACAGAGGCCAGGCUGGCCACCCAAGAUGCCAACCCAAGGAGUUAAGGAUUAGGGUCAUGUCUGCAAAGUGAACGGUAAGGUGAGAGACAGGAGAAAGAUUAGACAAGAGAGGAGGUAGAGAAUUCUCAGCUUAGAGAACUAGGAAUUUGGGUUAGGGAGGCUGACAGGCUCAUUUAUGUGUAAGGAAUAGAGUGGACUUGGUUUUGACAUGCUUACUAUUGGUGCAGGAGGAACAGUAUGGAGGAGGCAGGAUCAAGAAAGAGGGAGACCUAGGACCAGGCUGGACCUUGGCAGCCGGUGUGCUCAGCCUGGAGGCAGUGGAGAGAGAGGAGCAGGCCCUGACCCUGCCUUGUAAGGUGCCCCAGAGGGGCCUCCCCUUCUCUGGAAGCAGGCACCUCCCACUGAAGCUUCAGCCUGAAAGGGAAGAGAGAGAAGUGCCGAGACUGGGAUAGAAAGGAGGGACAGAGGACAGGCCAAAAGUAAGGAAGAGAGAAGAAGAGAAAAGAAUUGUUUCUCCAAACUUUUACAAAGGUGUGCAGACACCAGGGUCUCUUCUGUUCACUGGUGCAGGCAGAGCAGGAGGGCCCUGAUAACAAGGGUAAACAGAGUCCUGGUUGGCCUGGCCCUGGCUAGUUUGCUUUACAUACAUGGCAGCCGCCUGAAGAAGUUACUGUUAUUAUCCCCAUUUCUCCUAUAAGGUGUGGGGAGGGCCCGUAGCUUGCCUGGCCUCACCCAGGUAAAUAGGUUGCUAAACUCAGAACAAGCCAAAGCCUGUGCAUUUAACCAAGUUCAAGGGCUGCCCAAUUCACAGAUUCACCACCUCCCUCAUUACCUCUUCAUAGGUUCU